AUGGUGGGAAGGGUAGCUUGUAACUACUUCCAACAGUUGUUUACUACUCAGCCGGCUUCUGCAGAGGAGUUAAAAGAGUUCCAAAGCAUCGUGCCACACAAAAUUUCCCGAGAAAUCAAUGAGUACCUUAUUACCUCUUUUACGAAGGACGAUGUGUUACAAGCCAUGCGAGAUAUCCAUCCACACAAAGCCCCGGGCAAUGAUGGAAUGCCGGGCCUAUUUUAUAGGAAAUUUUGGUCGAUUGUUGGAGACGAAGUUACUACAGUUUGCUUGGGAAUUCUCAAUGAGGGAAAGAGUGUUGAAGCUAUUAAUGAUACCCUUAUUUGUCUUAUCCCGAAACUUCCAAAACCAGUCCAAAUGUCAGAUUUUCGUCCCAUUAGCUUGUGUAAUGUGGUAUACAAGAUAGUAGCGAAGUGUUUAGCGGGGCGAGGAAGGCUGAUCCAAGACAAUGCUAUCAUCGGGUAUGAAAGCCUCCAUAGUAUGAAGAUGAAAAGAUUUGGUAAUGGGAAGAAAAUGGCCUUAAAGUUAGACAUAUCCAAAGCAUAUGAUCGGGUUGAGUGGAGCUUCCUUAUGACUAUGAUGCGUGGGUUGGGAUAUGAUGAGAUUUGGAUUGAGAAAGUCAUGAGGUGCGUUACUAAUGUCUCCUUUUCGGUUUUAAUAAAUGGGGAAAGAUUUGGAAAAUUCCAUCCAUCCCGGGGUCUUCGCCAAGGUGAUUCUCUAUCCCCAUACCUCUUCCUUAUUUGUUCGGAGGGUCUGUCAUGCUUAAUUCAAGAAGCCGAGAGGGCUGGAAAAAUAACAGGGGUUCGGUUUGGAAGGAAUGAUGUUACCGUUUCUCAUCUUUUCUUUGCGGACGAUACCUUUGUAUUUUUUGAAGGGAAGGAGACAGAAUGUGAGACCAUGACUCUAAUUUUCCAGCGGUAUGCAAGGCUUUCGGGUCAAAAAAUAAAUCUUGAGAAGACAGAAGUGAGUACGGGCAGAAGUAUUUCGAAACAAUUAGGCCAACAUCUUGCCAACACACUUGGGGUUCGGUUGGUCCCUAAUCAUGCCAUCUAUUUGGGGCUGCCAAGUUACUUAGGAAGGAAAAAGAAAGAGGUUUUUGAGGUCAUAAAAGAUAAAGUUUGGAGUAAACUCAAAGGGUGGAAAGCUUCAAUGUUCUCUCAAGCGGGAAAAGAAAUUCUUAUAAAAGCGGUGAUCCAAGCUCUUCCUAGCUAUUUCAUGAGUUGCUUUCGUCUUCCAAAGAAGUUGAUCAAAAACCUCCAUUCUUUGGCUGCCAAUUUUUGGUGGGGAGACACAAAGGAACAUAAAAACUCCAUUGGAGCACUUGGGAUAAAAUGUGUAAACCAAAGGAAGAGGGAGGCUUGGGUUUCUUGUCCCCAAAACGCAUCUUGCAUUUGGAAAGGAAUUGUUUGGGGAAGGGAGAUUAUAUAUGAAGGUGCCCGGUGGAGAGUUGGGAAUGGUAGAACCAUUCGAGUUUGGCAAGAUAAGUGGCUGCCACGGUCUAAUGGUACAAUUGUACACCGGCCAAUAGAUGCAAAUCCCAAUAUCACAGUGAGCAGCCUGCUUAAUAAUAAGGAAGAGUGGAAUGUAAAUACUCUAAACAAUUACUUUCAUAAGGAGAAUGUUCCUUGGAUACUUGGGAUCCCUAUAGAUAUUCACUCGGAGGACAUGCUAGUUUGGCCUUUUACUAAGGAUGGGCACUACAUUGUGAAGAGUGGAUAUAGAGUAGCUAGGGAGAUAAACCUUGCUCCUACCCGAUGCUCUAAUAUGGAUCAAACUCAUGCUUGGUGGAAGAUGUGGUGGAAUCUGAAUUUGCCUCCUCGAAUGAAGCUCUUUGGAUGGAAAAUGUGUCGAAAUUGGCUCCCGGCAAAGUCCAAUCUUGUUCAUAGAGAAUCUCUUUCCCAUGCUCUUUGGACUUGUGAAAAGGUUAAAAAAGUUUGGAAACUUAUGCCUUCUUACAAGUUAAUUAAGGAAAGUAGAGGGCAUUCAAUGAUGGAUUUGCUAGUGGAAUUUCGAUAUAAGCUAGCUAAGGAGGAGUUUGAAGAUGUUGUCAAGGUUCUUUGGGCAAUUUGGGUGAAUCGAAAUAGACAAUGGACCAAUCAACACUAUAUGCAUGGGGCUCGUUUGCUGGAAUGGGUAUUCAGUAGCUACCCGAAAGAGAAUCAUGGGAAGGAAAGUCUCCCUAAUGUGCAUUCUGCUGCUCAUACAGAUCAGUGGCAAGCCCCUCCUGUUGGCACCUAUUGUGUGCAUUGUGAUGCAGCUAUCCAACUGAACCAGGAAGGGGUGGGGAUAGGCUAUGUUUGGCGAGAUUGGUUGGGUAACAUUAUUUCUACUGGUAUGAAAUAUACCCCUGUUUGUUGCUCUGUGACUAUAGCUGAAGCACAAGCAGUUGUUGCUGCUCUGCAAGAUAGACCGAAGAGCUUGCACCAGCUGUUUGAGAUCAGAUCUGAUUGCAAGCUACUGGUUGAUGCAAUCUCAGCAAAUGGCAGCUCCCUUGGUGAUAUGCAGCCAGUUGUGAAUCAAAUAAAGCGACACCCUGAGUUUUCCCACUGUACAAAGUUCUGUAAUGUAAAAAGAGUCCAUAAUGUAGGUGCUCAUAGCUUAGCUAAGAGAAGCCUUGACAAAAAAUUAACCCAUUCUUUUUACAAUUCUUUUCCGGAUUGGUUAGCCAUUGCUUGUAAGGUUAACCUCUCCCAUUCUUUGUAA